AUGUCCUCCCUCAGAUCCCUCCUCUUUCUCAGUCUCUUCUCCCUCCUCCAAUACCAUGCUUCUCUCGCCCUUGCCCUACCCACUACCACAACCACCACAACCACCAACAACGACAUCCUCACCCCCAGCUUAAACACCCCCAACGACCCAAACUUCGACCUCAAUAACCCCGUCCUCAACUCCAACUACAAACCCAACGUAACCGAAUUCAGCACCACCGACCAUCUCCUUGACGACGUGACACUCAUCUGCCCUUCCCCCCGCGCUCCUCAGUUCGGAUCCACCUCCGGUGCCUGGAAGGUUCUCAACCAUCUCAAGACACUGGACAACAACGGUCCGCCUCUCCCUGGAGUUUUUGAGCAUGCGGAUGGGUGUAGACGGAUGGGAUGUGAGGAGGGGUUGGGUGUGUUUUGGUGUGUUGGGGAUGUGGCAUGGACCUACCAAAACGCGCCUACUUACAAGACGCUAGCUGAGCAGGCUCAGAUGGUGCUUGAUCUGGAGAAGUGUAGGACGACGGACGCGACGAAUACGAGGCCUUUGGUUGCUGGGGAGGCGGUGUAUGGGGAUCAUGCGUGGAGUGUGGUUUUGAAGGGGGUGGAUUGUAAGGCAGGGCAGGAGUGA